CCAGGUUGUUCCGAUGACGUCAGAAGCACGGUUUGUGGCGCUUAUGUAGGGUCGGUGAAGCUUUGCUAGCAGCAGACUGAGUGCGAGAUAGUGACAUCUACGGAGAGCGACAGCCAGAGGAAGAGCCAGCAUGUGUGGAAUAUUUGCAUACCUCAACUACCAUGUGCCUCGCACCAGGCGGGAAAUCCUGGAGAGACUAAUCAAAGGUCUCCAGAGAUUGGAGUACAGAGGCUAUGACUCUGCAGGUGUCGGAAUUGAUGGCGGCAAUGAAAAGAACUGGGAGAACAAUGCUGGCAAGAUCGCGCUCAUCAAGAAGAAGGGGAAAGUCAAGGCCUUGGAUGAUGAGAUUAACAAGCAAGAUACGCUGGAUCUAGAUAUUCAGUUUGAGGUUCACUUGGGAAUUGCACACACCCGUUGGGCCACUCAUGGAGAACCCAGCCCUACGAACAGUCACCCACAACGAUCUGACAAAAACAACGAGUUCAUCGUAAUCCACAAUGGCAUCAUCACCAACUACAAGGAUCUGAAGAAGUUCUUGGAGAGCAAGGGCUACGAGUUUGAGUCUGAGACUGACACAGAAACCAUUGCCAAACUUGCCAAGUACAUGUAUGACAAUCGGGAGAAUGAUGGCAUCAGCUUUGCCACCCUUGUGGAGCGAGUCAUCCAGCAGCUGGAAGGUGCCUUUGCUCUGGUAUUUAAGAGUGUGCACUAUUCCGGCCAGGCUGUUGGGACCAGGAGGGGUAGCCCACUUUUGAUGGGUAUACGCAGCGAACACAAGCUUUCCACCGAUCACAUCCCAAUCCUGUACCGCUCAGUGUCACAAAGCAGCGAUUAUCCUCUAGAGGGAAGGUCCCUUGUACUGGAUGAAGGCAUGGAAAAGAAAGGGAGCUGCUCCCUGCCCAGAGUGGACACCACAACCUGCCUGUUCCCUGUGGAUGAGAAAGCUGUGGAGUAUUACUUUGCCUCCGACGCCAGCGCUGUCAUUGAACACACCAACCGAGUGAUCUAUCUUGAAGAUGACGACGUGGCUGCGGUCGUGGAUGGACACCUCUCUAUCCACCGCGUCAAGAGACGUGCGGGAGAUCAUGCAGCACGUGCCAUUCAGACUCUGCAGAUGGAGCUGCAGCAGAUCAUGAAGGGAAACUUCAGUUCAUUCAUGCAGAAAGAAAUCUUUGAGCAGCCGGAGUCAGUCGUCAAUACAAUGAGAGGACGCGUGAACUUUGACGACCUGACAGUGAAUUUGGGAGGUUUGAAGGAUCACCUUAAAGAAAUCCAGAGAUGCCGACGACUGAUCCUCAUUGCUUGCGGGACUAGUUACCAUGCUGGAGUGGCUACUCGCCAGGUUUUAGAAGAGCUGACAGAGUUGCCAGUCAUGGUGGAGCUUGCUAGUGACUUUUUGGACAGGAGCACCCCCGUCUUCAGAGAUGAUGUCUGCUUUUUCAUUAGCCAGUCAGGAGAGACAGCGGACACCUUACUCGGCCUGCGGUAUUGCAAGGAUCGCGGUGCGCUGACUGUAGGCAUUACCAACACUGUUGGCAGUUCCAUCUCCCGAGAGACAGAUUGCGGGGUUCACAUUAAUGCCGGACCUGAGAUCGGCGUGGCCAGCACAAAGGCGUACACCAGCCAGUUUGUGGCACUUAUCAUGUUUGCACUCAUGCUUUGUGAUGACCGCAUAUCUGUGCAGGACAGACGUAAGGAAAUUCUGAACGGUCUGAAGAGGUUACCAGAUAACAUUAAAGAGGUCCUGAGCCUUGACGAUGAGAUUCAGAAUCUGGCGGCCGAGCUCUACCAGCAGAAAUCUGUCCUCAUUAUGGGUCGUGGAUUUCACUAUGCAACCUGCUUGGAAGGAGCCCUGAAAAUUAAGGAAAUCACAUACAUGCAUUCAGAAGGGAUCUUGGCUGGAGAACUGAAGCACGGUCCACUGGCCCUGGUGGACAAACUAAUGCCGGUUAUAAUGAUCAUUAUGAGAGAUCACGCCUACACCAAGUGCCAAAAUGCUCUGCAGCAAGUGGUGGCAAGACACGGUCGGCCGGUGGUAAUCUGUGACAAGGAGGAUACAGAAACGAUUAACUCAAUCAAACGUACAAUAAAGGUGCCUCACACAGUAGAUUGUCUUCAAGGAAUCCUCUGUGUGAUCCCCUUGCAGCUCCUUGCCUUCCAUCUUGCUGUGCUCAGAGGAUACGAUGUGGAUUGUCCUAGAAACUUGGCUAAGUCGGUGACCGUGGAAUAAACCCAAGCAGUCCCACCAGAAGACACUAUUUCUAAAAAAAAAUUUUUUUUUUUAUCCCAAUUUUUACUUUUGUAUAUAUGUUUCGGUGUUUUCUUUUGUUGUUUUGAUCCAUUUGCAGUUCUUUUUGGCUGCACCAUGUAAAUGAUGAAGGGCAGAAUAUCGUACAAUGGUAGAUUCCAUGGAGAUCACACGAGUAGCCAUUUCCUUCAGUUGCAGUAACCUUGACAGAGGUCUAGUGAUUUGGGUUGACUCCUGUCCUGCCAAGUCCAGCACUUUAUAACUCUGUCUGUUUACUCCCUGGCCACCUCAUGGCCUGUGCCAAGAGGUUGUCUCCUGUCCUUGCAAGCAGCCAUGCCACGUCCUACUCGUCUCCUAAUUUCCUUUGUACAUAACAGGCAACGAGUUGAAGACUCGGCGUCCGUAAAAUAACCUGACACAAAUGGUUAUGUCAGACCCCUGGCGUAAGGUCAUGUAUGGAAGAAUUUUUGGGACAACCGCUGCGCCAGGAGCUUCUUCCCCCUUCUACUUCCAAUACAUUUAGAAUGACAUUUAGAAGAAGGCUCACCCUCAUGGACACAUUGAAUCCUGAUUUUCCAGGAGGCCAGGACCACACAUUCCAUAUUGGUUCAGAAAAUCUGUCUGGUUUCUGCCAAACUGAUAAAAAAAUAAUAAUUCACGUUUCAAGGCCAUCCUUGGUCUGCGGUUGUGUGGCCUCUUCCUCGGCACACUCAGUCUUGCUGACAUGUCUGCACCCACCCUACUUUACUGCCUGAUGACAUAGGAUAUCGGUUGAUGCUGGUUUUUCUGUACUUUUGCAGGUACUAGGUUUCUGUUAUGUUUUAGCAAUGGCAGCGUCCACCUUCUCCACACAUUGCAGGGUCUGGUCUUCUGCUAAAAAUAUUCACCCACCAUUAUUGACAUUUUAUCUAGACCGUUAUGGGUCCUAUUUAUAUAUCUUUAUAUAUUCUAAAAACUACCUUUUUUACACCUUACCUUUACAUUGCACGAAGGGCUUGUGUUUGACCUACCACAGAAAUCUGGAAUCGGGUCACUGUGAAAUUGACCUCUCCGCCAGCCUGUUAGGGUCUCUCAUUCCGGAGCCAUCUGAAGGGGGCACCCAAUGGGUGUCAAUACUAGGCAGCAUCUCACAAAGGCUAAUUCUAGAAAACACACAAUUUUCUCACAGGUGGGUCAUGCUUUUCUUUACCAAGCCGCAUCAAGGGUUUUAUGGGAAUAAAUAGAAUAAGGUUUAUAUUUUCCCCCCAACCCAAAACGGCACCACCCCUAUUGGUAGGCUGCGUCUGGUAUUGCAGUUCAUCCCCAUUCAGGUGAAUAUGGCAAUACUAGACACAGUCCAUGGUCAGUAGUGGUGCCGUCUCUGGGGAAGGGGGAUGUUUUUCCUGCCUGGGACAACCCCCUUUUAACACUUUUUUUUUCUAUGCCCCCUCCCACUCACUAAAAUUAGACUCCUAGAUAUGAAAUGAAGGCUUUACGAGACCUACAUGUGCACUACUAGAGAUGAGGAUUUCUAGGAAAGACAAUGUGACUUUUUUUAUGCUCUCUCACGUCCCUUAUUUUCUCUUUAUUUUGUAUUCGGUAGAAUUUGUUGGUACUUUAGUGUUUAAAUAUGAUUUUUGUCUAUUUUAUUUUCUGUUUUAACUGGAAAGAAAUGUAUAAAAGUUUCCAUUAGAUGGAAAGAUGCUGUUCUCCUAUUAAUGAAAAAGAAGUUUACAUCGGACCAAAGAUGCGUACAGUGCUUAAAAAACAAAAAACAAAAAAACUCUUGGAUUCUGUGAAACAAUAAAGUUUGGACAUGUCCAUGCAUUUACCUAG